AGGGUGCUUAACCCGAGACGUUGCAAAACUAUAUACCCAACGAGAGAGAGAGAGAGAGAGACAGGAAGCUUCGACACAUACUGAACAAUGGAAGUCUCUUUUCAACAGAACUUCAAUAAUUUUCACUUAUACCCCCACACUUCACUAGGCAAUCUCUGUAGGAUGGAAGCUAGGUUUCUCUGCCCGUCGUCUCUUCAACCGUCGUGUGCUCAUAAUGGUCUUUUCCUAGGGUGCUUUCCAUCUAAACAGUCAAUUUGGAGCUAUUCAAAAAGUUAUAGUAUUCCAAAGGGCAAUUUAUACACUCGAAGACAAUAUUCACGUGCCAUUUGUUGUUUUUUAAACCCAACAGAGCAGUUUACUAGUCUGUAUUACAAUCAUAAUUUGCAGAAGCAAGACAAUUUGCAAAGAGACUUCAUUGUUAGAUCUGAAAUUGCUGGAGCUGGGUCUCAUGAUGCUUCACAUUUGUUAUUAGAACCUCAAUUGGGCUCAAAAAUUAGAGGGAUUUGCUUUUAUGCGAUUACAGCUUUUACUUCAACUUUUCUAUUUGUGUUGAUGCUGGUGGUACAUCCUUUCGUGCUCUUAGUGGAUCGACACCGUAGAAAAGCUCAUCAUUUUGUUGCCAAAAUGUGGGCACUGUUGACUGUGACUCCAUUUUAUAAGAUUGAGAUUGAGGGAUUGGAGAAUCUGCCCGCAUCAGAUACUCCAGCUGUUUAUGUAUCGAACCACCAGAGCUUUUUAGAUAUAUAUACUCUACUCACUCUUGGGAGAAGCUUCAAGUUCAUUAGCAAAACCACAAUUUUCCUCUUUCCUGUUGUUGGAUGGGCCAUGUUUUUGAUGGGUCUUAUUCCUUUAAAGCGCAUGGACAGCCGAAGCCAUAUGGAAUGUCUUAAGCGAUGCAUGGCUCUUAUCAACAAGGGAGGAUCUGUAUUUUUCUUCCCAGAGGGGACUCGGAGUAAAGAUGGGAGAUUAGGCGCUUUCAAGAAAGGUGCAUUCAGUGUUGCUGCAAAAACUGGAGUGCCAGUUGUCCCAAUUACUCUUAUUGGAACUGGAAAAAUCAUGCCUCCGGGAAUGGAAGGUAGAUUAAAUCCAGGAGCUGUAAAAGUCAUCAUUCACCAGCCUAUAGAAGGAAAUAAUCCAGAUGUGCUGUGCAGUGAGGCUAGAAACAUAAUUGCAGAUGUUCUCAGUUGCCAAGGCUAGGGGAUUUACUGCAACAAAUUCUGUUGUUUCGUCCAAAUAUAGAAAUCCUUUUGGGAAUGGAGCAAUAUAAGCUGAGAGAUUUUAUUGGAUUUCAGUAGUUUACUUGAAGCAACCGGUUCAAGCCUUGUUCGAAUCUGCAUGUGGAUGUUAUGAGCUGUUGGCUUGCACCAAAAAGUUAAAGCUUUGCAAAGAUAGUCUUUUGUGUUAAAUUUCUGUAAUCCUCUACUACCAGAAGUGGCUGCUGGCCUACUCUCCUAGUUCUGUGUAGGCAUGGCUCCGUCCCUGUUACUAAAAGUAAGUUACUGAAUAGACAAUUGUCUCCCCCUUCAACGACAUUACCUAAACCAAAAAACACAGGAAAUUUUAUUGGUUAUAACAAUUUGAUCUAAAUGGAUUGUGAUACUUUCC